UUUUCCCGUUUUUAGAUAUUUCAUGUUGAAGUUUAGUUGGAGAUUGUGUUUGAAGGUUGAUGACUCUUUCUUCUGCACAUUCCAUCUAUACAAUCUGCAGAGAUGCAGCAGGAAUCGCCGGGAACAUAUUUGCUUUGGGCUUGUUUGUUUCGCCCGUAUCCACAUUUAAGAGAAUCAACAGAAAUGGGUCAACAGAAAUGUUCUCUGGGCUUCCUUAUAUUUAUGCUCUGUUGAACUGCUUGAUCAGCAUGUGGUAUGGCUCGCCUCUCGUAUCUCCUGAUAAUAUGAUGGUCAUGUCGGUCAAUUCAAUUGGAGCUGUGUUUCAGUUAGUGUACAUAAUUAUCUUCAUUGUAUAUGCAGAGGAAGCAAAAAAGGUAAGAAUGAUUGGAUUGCUGCUGGCUGUUUUGGGGAUAUUCGCAAUCGUAGUAACUGUAAGCUUGCAAAUAAUUAAUCAUUCAACGAGGCAAAUGUUUGUGGGAUUUCUGAGCAGUGCUGCACUCAUAUCAAUGUUUGCCUCUCCCUUGUUUAUAAUUAAAUUGGUGAUACAGACAAGGAGCGUUGAAUAUAUGCCAUUUUAUCUCUCUCUUUCCACCUUCCUAAUGAGCACCUCUUUUUCUCUUUAUGGAUUGCUCAAUCAGGAUGCUUUCGUUUACGCACCGAAUGGGGUAGGAACCAUUUUGGGAUUGAUACAGUUGGUAUUAUACUUCUAUUACAAGAGAGCAUCUGUGGAAGAAUGUCGAGAACCUUUGAUAGAGCCAUAUGCAUGACACAUUUCGACAAGAAGUUAAAAGUCAGAUACACAUCUUAUCUGUUCUUUCACGGCCUGUGAUGAAAUUACUGGGGGGCUUUUUGUUGUAAAAUGCAAUGCUCAAAUGAAAGACAGUAAUGGGGCAUGCUGUUUGUGCGAAUAAGAGGAUGGAAAUCCUUGUAUUCGUAGAAUGAUAUUCAAUUAUUCAUUUCCACCUUGAUGCUUGAAAGAUAAAAGCACGCUGGCACUAUUGCUUCAAGAAAGUUAUUGGACAAGACUUUUGGGUGAGCAGUAUUUCUAAAGAAUGCGUGUACUGUAAUUCACGUAGCUGAUUCCAUCUAGUGGAGUAAGGUUUAUUAUUGUUGUUGUAUUACUUUGAAACAAAACUAAAAAUUAUUUGUUCUA